AUGAGUGGGACUUGUCUUCAUGAGCCCCGCGCCCCCUCCCCCUCCCUCUCAGGCUUCAGCUCACCCCUCUCAGAGCCCUACCGCAGACUGGACGCUGGCACACCUGCCCUCACCCCUGAGACGGACCUGACCCCCACACAGUGUGUGCUGCGCAAUGUUCUGUCUAUAGACACUGGGGCCCAGGGCGCCCCCGGGGGCAGCAGCCCCACCCCCAGCGAUGGACCCCAGUUUGACAACAGUGUGUUGACUCUGCAUGAACAUGAUGCGUGCCAGUGUGGAGGGGCAGAGGCGGGCCACAGUCCGGAGGCCGGCGCUGUCCGCAGGCAGUCCGAGAGUUUCAGGUUGCAGGCCGGAAGUGGAGGCUUUUUGGAGGGACUGUUCGGCUGCCUCAAACCUGUGUGGACCAUGAUUGGAAAGGCCUACUCCACUGAGCAUAAACACAACCAGGAGGAGUCUUGGGAGGUCCCAUUUGAGGAGAUCUCCGAACUGCAGUGGGUGGGCAGCGGGGCGCAGGGGGCUGUGUUUUUGGGGAAGUUUCACGGAGAAGAGGUGGCUGUAAAGAAAGUGCGGGACAUAAAGGAGACCGAGAUCAAGCACCUGCGCAAACUCAAGCACCCCAAUAUCAUCACAUUCAAGGGUGUGUGCACGCAGGCUCCAUGUUACUGUAUCCUGAUGGAGUACUGUGCCCAAGGGCAGCUGUACGAGGUGCUCCGGGCGGGACGAAAGAUCACCCCGUCCCUCCUGGUGGACUGGUCCAUGGGCAUUGCAGGAGGAAUGAACUACUUACACCUACACAAGAUUAUCCACCGAGACCUCAAGUCACCCAACAUGUUGAUAACGCACGACGAUCUGGUGAAGAUUUCUGAUUUUGGCACUUCGAAAGAGCUGAGCGACAAAAGUACAAAAAUGUCAUUUGCUGGCACUGUGGCUUGGAUGGCCCCAGAAGUAAUAAGGAACGAGCCAGUCUCUGAAAAAGUGGACAUUUGGUCGUUUGGAGUGGUUCUAUGGGAGAUGUUGACAGGGGAGAUUCCUUAUAAAGACGUGGACUCUUCAGCGAUCAUUUGGGGAGUGGGAAACAACAGUCUGCAGCUGCCUGUCCCUGAAAGCUGCCCAGAUGGUUUUAAGAUCCUACUCAGACAAUGCUGGAAUUGUAAACCCAGGAACAGACCCUCUUUCCGUCAGAUCCUUCUUCACUUGGACAUAGCAUCUGCUGAUGUUUUGUCCACACCUCAAGAGACCUAUUUCAAGUCUCAGGCCGAAUGGAGGGAAGAAGUGAAGCAGCACUUUGAGAAAAUUAAAUCGGAGGGCACUUGUCUUCACCGACUGGACGAGGAGCUGAUCAACCGCCGAAGAGAAGAGCUCAGACAUGCCCUGGACAUCCGCGAGCACUACGAGAGGAAACUGGAGAGAGCAAACAACCUGUAUAUGGAGCUGAGUGCAGUCAUGCUACAGCUAGAGCUCAAAGAGAAGGAACUGCAGAGAAGAGAACAGUCUUUGGACAAGAAGUAUCCAGGUUUGUUCAAACAUCACAGCUCGAGACAGAGCUCCACUAACUCCAUGGACAAACUCAUCAAGAAGAGGAACGUCCCUCAGAAACUGCCGUCAGGAAAGAGGCCUGACAUUCUGAAAUCGGAGGUGAUCAUUCCUAAAAUGGACUCCUCUGUGAUGCAAGUGACAAUCCCCACAUGUCAGAACAGGACGUCUCCAAACCGCUCAAGGAGAGUAAAGACUCGGCACCGUAAGCCUGGUAAAGGGAGCAGCGGAGACCUGGCCGGGCUGAAGGCCAGUCAGUCGUCCCCCCAUCGAGAUGCCUCCUCCCAGCCUGACCCCUCCAGUACCACCCCCUCUCAGCAGCUCCUGGAGCCCUCGGCCGCCCUGAGAGGCCUGAGCCACGAGCAGCAGCAGAGGCAGCUGUCCUCCUCCAGCCCUGACCUGCUCAGCACCACGCUGGAAGCCGACGCUCAGGGCAAAGGGGAGGGCUCUGGGGGGGCUUUGGAGCGCGGGGGCAGUCUGAGCGCCUCUGCGGGGCUGGGGGGCUCAGAGCUGGGGGCUUCUGGUCUGGAUGACCUGACAGAGACACCUCCACGCAGUGACACGCCCAGUGAAGACCCCUCUUUCCCCUUCUCCAGCAGCCCCGACUCUCCAUGUGGGAGGGGGGCCGGAGGGGGGCGGGGGUCGCUAGGAUCCCCACGACUACCUCACGACGGAGAAGACAAGGAGGAAGGUGCUGGCUCUGUGCGGAUACCACGAGGAGCGUCGGGGGGCAUAGGGAGUCAGCACCUCACCCCUUCAGCCAUCCUGUACAGGGCCGCCAUCACACGCAAACAGAGGCGUGGAGUGUCAUCAGAAGAGGAGGAGGGUGAAGUUGACAGUGAGGUUGAGUUGCCACGGAGACGACGUCCCACCAGUAUCACCAAGUGCCAGUCCGUGUCCACGUUCAGCUCGGAGAACCUGUCUGUUUCGGAUGGGGAGGAGGGUCACACCACGGACCAUUCCCACAGCGGCACUCCGGAUGUGGUCAGCACCAACACAGACGACAGGCUGGACGACCGCAGCGAUGACCUCCUCUCCCAAGGCUCCGAGAUUCCCGCCGACAACACGGAUGGACUGUCGGAGCGAGAGGGCGCGGUGGGAACUGCCAAAGCAGUGCUGGACCUGGGGCAGACUUCAAAUGAGGUCAGUAGAUUAUGUGACGACUCUGACUGCGACAGCGCUGAGUUGGACCAGUCCGGCAGUGGUGAGCCCAGCCGUCCCCCGAGCGCCGGAGCCUGGUCCUCCCCCUCCCAACCACAGGGCUACCAGACCCCCCACACCGCCCCCGGACCCCCAUAA